AACCAGGCGUAACGGCGGCUUCCUAUAUCAUUAUUUGCGUGCUGUAAAAAAAAAACACACAAGCGAAACGGAUAGUUGAACUAGCGCGUCGUUCCUGCGGACACUCUCGAAGUUUUGUUGGCGUUUGUAAAUUUGCAAUGCAAUGGAGUGGCAAUUCAUCAUACCACAGGCAAGAGCGGAGCUUCUGCGUUCAGACAAAAACCAUUAUUGCGUCGGCCGAGUACUUGACGCCGGCGAAGUCCCGGAAGCGCUGAAGGCGUCACGCGCCGUGUUCAACGACCCUUUCGCGAUAUUCGAUCAUUUCGAUACGUUCUAUUCGGUGAUCGACAAUGAGAAAGGUUUGACCGGCACGCAUCUGUUGCGCGCCUACGAUCAGCUCUAUGGCGCUAUCGACAAGCUGGGCAGUACGAUGGCGGACCUGCUGUCCCGGAAGGAAAUGGACACAACCGACCAACAAUCGUCGCUGAAUGCGUUGAAGAUGUUGGCCUUUCUGGUGAACGGUAUGGUAAAGGUGAUCGAUUCACAUGUAAAUACCGUGAACGAGAAACUGACGACAAAGAAGACCAAAAAGCAGUCGGUGAACGAUCAGGCAGAAGCGCUAGAUUGGGACAACAAACGGUACCAGUGCAUCGUGCAGUUGUACAACUUGAUGCAACUUCCGCUGGAGAAGCUAUGGGAUCCACCGGUCUGCGAGGAAUCGUUCGUAGACGUCAUUUGCGAUAUUUGCUAUCGAACGUUGGAGCAGCCGUACGUGCGGACUCGCAACAUCGCGGACAGUGUGUUCCAAAUCCUUGGGACAGCCAUCAAACGAUACAAUCACUCGCUAGCGUUCCCGGUGCGUAUCCUGCAGAUCAUCGAACACAUCGAAACGGCGAUCCCGCCGGUAGCUGCUGGCGUAUUGCUGCUGUACGAAGAGUUUGGCAUUCAGACGAUCUAUCCAGUGAUCAUAAAGGAAAUUAUCGAACGGUUGAGCGUGGACUCGGCCGACUCGCAAACAGCGAAAUUUUACAGCAUGUUUCUGAUCGAGCUCGGUACGCUAGCCCCGAAGCUUAUGAUACCACAUCUUUCGAUGUUGAGUGAAGAGCUGCUGAGCCUGGAAUCGUUCACACUGCGAAACUGUGUGCUGCAGAUCAUGGGUGAAGCGGUCGUUAGCGAGCUCACGUCGGAAGAGCUGCCCGAUGAGCUGAAGGAGACGCGGGACGAGUUUUUGGACGAUCUGCUCAACCACAUCAUGGACAUAUCGGCGCAUGUGCGUUCGAAGGUUUUGCAAGUGUGGUUGAAUCUCAAGGAGAAUAACGCUGUACCGCUCGCCUGGAUACACAAGGUGUUGAAUCUGGCUGUUGAACGCCUGGAGGACAAGGCGCUAGUUGUGCGUAAACAAUCGAUCGCUUUGAUUAAGGCUUUCCUCGAGCACAAUCCGUUUUCUGCUAAGCUAUCACUCGCUGAGCUAAGGGUUCAGUAUGAGGAGGAAGACAAAAAGCUGCAGGACCUGCGCAUGCAGCUAGUGGAGCACAACAAUAAAAUGAAGGCAAAGGAAGAAGAGUGGGAAGAUAUCGUGGUGCAGAUGUAUCCGAUCGUAACGGAGCUGUUUGGCAAGGAGCCCGAUGAUCUGGAAACUGCGACCGAGGCGGAUGUGAAGCUGCUCUCCGACAGUAUCUUAACAAUGCUGAAAGAGGAAAACUACAAGGAUCUGGUACGACUGGUACAGCGGGCAGAUUACGCGCUGGGCAAUAGCGACGAACGCAAGGAAAUGAAUUUCGAGCACCAGUGCAUGUAUUACAUUACGCUGCUGAAGAGCUACUUCAUUCAUGCGCAUAUGAACACCAAUUUGGCUGCCGAAGUCGAGAAGGUGGAAAAUUCGGUCAACUUUCUGCACGACUCGCUACGGUUCUCGGAGCUGAUAUCGAACGCCGUUCCCAAGUUGCUGGAAAUGCUGAUGUCAAAAGCUCAGACGGAUGUGCACGGUGCGAUCGAUUUCUUUACCUCGGCGUAUCUGUUCGGCAUCAAGGGUACGGAACAGGGCAUGCAGCAAAUGCUCUACCUCGUGUGGUCGUCCGACAAGGAAAAGCGCGAGAACGUAACGGCCGCAUACAAGCGGGUCCUGUUCGAGACCAACCUACAGGGUAGGGCGCACACGGUAAAGGUGGUGCGAAAUUUGAGCCAAUUUCUGACCAACCUUACGCGCGGCCAAUACACCGCCAUGGAGGUGCUGAUACAGGAGUGGGUCGAGAACGGUGACAUCGAUGCGCAGAUGGUGCAGGUUUUGUUCGAAAUCUACACGAUGAAGCUAGAGAGCGUGACGCCGGAGGAAUCGCGCCAGGCACUGCAGCUGCUGGUGAUGGUUGCAGCGGCCAAACCGUCGGUUGUAACUGCCAACCAACAGCUGCUAGAAACGAUUGGCCUAGAGCAGCGUGGCCAACGUGAUCCACGCAUAUUCGUGGCCACCCUGGAACUACUCAUGAACUCCGUUCCGCAGCCGACAAACAGUUCGAAAUACUACAAACGGUUUGACCAUUCGGCAUCCACUGUACAGCACGUGAUCGAUCUGUAUACCAAGCUGUUCUUCUGCUCCCAAGUGCAAUCGUUUGACGACAUCGGUACGAAAGUGUUUGACUUCAUUUACAAAAUGGUCAAAACGCCCGACCUGCUAUCGCAAUCGAUUGUGAUCGCUUUGUACGAACGUUUGCAGAAGCUGGCGGAAAGGGGCACGCCGGUAGAACAGACCGGCGACGAAAACCGAUUAACGCAGCUGAGCCAAAUUUCGGGAUCCACCCAAGAGACUAGCGCUCGCACUUCAUCGCAAUCUGCGACACAGCCGGAAGAAGUGUUGCUUACCAUUCCACACUUUCUGGCGGCCCGAUUCAUCUUCACGAUCGGUUACGUUGCGAUGCGCGAGAUGAUCUAUCUGGACAUUGAUGUGUACAGCAACAUGAAGUAUCGGCAAGAGUUGAAGGACGAGUUAAAGAAUCAGAAAAAGAAAAAUGCCGCACUGGCAGGGAACAAGCAAUUGAACAGCACUGCAACGGCGGUUAGUGCUGGAAUGGCGGCCAACAUGCGAAAAACACUCUCCACUUCCAUGAACGUAUCGGCCAGCAAUGCACUGAAGCGCCUGUCCGGAUCUACCGGCGCUGGGGGCAACAAUGGGCCGGAGCAAGCGACUGAGCCGGAAGAGGAACUGCUGAGCGGAGCCACGGCCGAGGAUGCUGUGGCGGAAGAGAUCAACUACAUUUGCGAACAGGAGCUGCUGUACGGCAAAGAUAAUCUGCUGAACCGCUUGAUUCCUACCGUGCUGGAGGUGUGCAAAUUUCCGAACCGCUACAAGGACGAGCUGAUGCAAAAGGCGGCCGUACUGACGCUUAUUCGACUGAUGGCCGUGUCGUCCAAGUUCUGCGAGGACAACAUGCCGUUCCUGAUGAACAUUUUCAAGCACACGAAGAACACCAACAUCAAGUGCAACAUCGUGAUCGGGCUGUCGGAUUUUACCUUCCGCUUUCCGAACGUGAUCGAACCGUGGACCAAGCACAUGUACGCGACACUGCACGAAGAGAAUGUGGAGCUGCGCAUGACGGCGGUGAAGAUGCUGUCCCAUCUGAUCCUGCACGAGAUGAUUCGCGUGAAGGGUCAAAUAUCAGACCUGGCGCUCUGUAUCGUGGAUCCGGUGAGGGAGAUUCGCACCAUCACGGAACAGUUCUUUAAGGAGAUUGCGAACAAAUCGAACAUCCUGUACAAUGUGCUGCCCGACAUCAUUUCCCGGCUGAGCGACCCGAAGCUGGAACUCGAGGAGGAAAAGUACCACAUCAUUAUGCGGUACAUCAUUGGGCUGAUCAACAAGGACAAGCAGAUCGAGAGUUUGGUUGAGAAGCUGUGCCUGCGGUUCCGGGUCACGAAGGAGGUGCGCCAGUGGCGUGACAUCGCGUUUUGCCUUUCGUUGCUAUCUUACAACGAGAAGACGAUCAAGAAGUUGGUGGAAAACAUUGGCUGCUUCAAGGAUAAGGUGCAGCACGAGGAGAUUUAUCAAGCAUUCCGUACGAUCAUCAGCAACACGAGCAAACUGGCAAAACCGGAACUGAAGAACGCAGUGGUCGAGUUUGAGACGCGGCUAAAAGAAUGCCUCGAGGUGCGCGAUGAAACGGCGGAUGCGGUAGCAGGAGCCAACUCAACAGGAUCGUUCGAUGAAGGGAGCGGUGAAAUCGCCACCACGUCCGGGAGAAAGGGCCGUCCGGCAACCGGUGAGCGCGGAGUAUCAAAGCCUCCAAGUGGAGGAGGAAGCAAGGGGAGCAAGAAAGCGGGAGGAGGAAGUAACAAAACAGUGGGACGUCGCGGCCGACGGGGAGCAAAACAAGCGCCAUCGUCCGAGGACGGGGAGAGUGACAGUGAGGAAGAAAAUCUGCCCCCCGCAACGAGCUCGCGAGCCGCGGUCCGGGCGCGCCAGAACAUGAAGAUUACCAAAGUCAUUGAAAGUGACAAUUCAGAUGACGAUGAGGAAGAUUUGCCACCGAAACGUGGGAAAACGAAACGGUAGCAUCCUCUCGCGAUGCUUAUCACGCCUUGGUCCGGCUGUCCCCGCUUGAUUACUACGAGUCGCGUCACAGUGUGUGUGUGUGUGUGCUAAUUCCCAAUCGUUUGUGGUUUCUUGGUGUUCAAGUAGUGUAGUAAUUUAUUUAUUGAAUUUUAACAGUGCGAUUAAGGAAAAAUGUUACAUUAAAUAUAGAAUCUGGAGAAAAAAAAAA